AUGAGUGAAUUUGAUUCAAGACUAUCUAUAAAACAACAAACUUUAAAAGAUAUAGUUCCAGAGAAGAACAAUACUCAGAAAGUGUCUACAGUUGGUGGAUUUCUUGCUGGUGGUUUUGCUGCUUGCGGUGCUGUUACUUUUACCAAUCCUAUAGAAUUGAUUAAAACUAGAAUGCAAUUACAAGGUGAAUUAACAAAGAAAUCUAACGAUGCAGUUAAGGCUUAUAAAAAUCCAUUUCAAGCAUUUGUUACAAUAUAUAAACAUGAAGGUAUAAGAGGGUUACAACAAGGUUUAAUGUGUGGAUAUUACUAUCAAUUAGGUUUAAAUGGUUGUAGAAUAGGUUUAUAUGAACCUAGUAGGUUUUAUUUAACUAAAUUUAUAUUACCUAAAUCAUUCAAUGAGGAUAUUUCAAAGAUACCACAAAAUUUAUUAGUCAAUGUCUUAGCUGGUUUUAUUUCGGGUUCGGCUGGGGCAGUUUUAGCAUCACCGUUUUUCUUAAUUAAAACUAGAAUGCAAUCGUUUUCAAAAGGUGGAGCUGCAGUUGGUCAGCAAACAUAUUAUAAAUCAGCAUGGGAUGGUAUUUCUCAAAUUUAUAAAUCCGAAGGGUUUAAAGGUUUAUAUAGAGGUGUUGAUGCGGCAAUUUUAAGAACUGGUGCUGGUUCAGCAGCUCAAUUACCAGUAUAUAAUUUGACAAAGAAUUUCAUAUUAAAACAUAAAUUGUUUAAAGAAGAUUCCUUAGCUUUGUCAUUUAUUUCAUCAUCAUGUGCUGGUUUAGGAGUUGCAAUAGUCAUGAAUCCAUGGGAUGUGGUACUAACAAGAAUGUAUAAUCAAAAGGGAAAUCUAUAUACUAGUCCGUUAGAUUGUUUUAAAAAAACAAUAAGUACAGAAGGACCAAUGGCAUUAUAUAAAGGUUUUUGGGCACAAUUAUUUAGAAUUGGACCUCAUUCAAUAUUAACAUUAAUGUUUAUGGAACAAUGUAUGAAAGUAGCAGUUAGAAUAGAAGGCAAUUUACAUUAG